CAGUUCAGGUGCUUUUAGUACUGGUAUCUCGGGAAUGACGCAGUGCAUUCUAUAUCUUCUUCUGUUACUCUAUUAUGCUGAGGCUGCUCCUCUUAUUUCCAGUCCUUGGGGUAAGAUUCAAGGCAUAACUAAAACCACACCAGCCGGCAAGACGUAUAACGCGUAUUAUGCCAUACCCUAUGCUCUGCCUCCUACUGGGAAACUCCGGUUCCGAGCUCCGAGUCCACAUCCAGGGGUGAAAGGUGUCUUCCAAGCCUUACGAUAUGGCCCGGUUUGUACUCAGUUACAUUUUGGUUUCGGCUCUCUGAACGUCCCCUGGAGCGAGGACUGUCUGACUUUAGGUGUCCAUGUUCCAACAUCUGGAGGUUCAGCCAAGUCUGUGAUGGUGUGGAUCCAUGGUGGUUCCUUCAAGUCAGGCGGUGCUCCUCUGUACGAGCCGGCAAAGCUGGUGACAGAGCAGGACGUCAUUGUGGUGGUUGUCCAGUAUAGACUGGGUGUGUUUGGAUUCCUCUCAACAGGCAACGCAGAAGCUCCAGGUAACUUUGGUUUGUUGGACCAGGUUCUGGCAUUGGAAUGGGUUCAGAAAAAUAUUGCAUCAUUUGGGGGAGACCCUAACAGUGUCACCAUUGUCGGAGAGUCGGCGGGGUCAGCGAGUGUGUCCCUCCAUACACUGUCUCCAAGGUCCAAGGGUCUGUUUAAAAGAGCUAUAAUGCAGAGUGGAGCUGCCACAGCUUACUGGGCGAAUGACAAAACAUACAGAGAAAAACUUUACAGCGUUUCAUCAGCAGUGAAUUGUUCUAGGAAGGCAACAGACAAGCAGACCGUCGCCUGCCUGAGAGGCCAACCAGCUAGUGUUCUGCUCAGUGCGACGGAUCGUCAGGAUGCUGGGCCUGUUGUUGAUGGAUAUUUUAUGCCCAACAACCCUGGUGCUUUGAUCAAGAAUGCAACAUACCUCUCAGAUCUUGGGUUUUAUGAUGUGGACACAAUGCUGGGCGUCAAUAACAACGAAGGCGGGCUGCUUCUUGAGAACGCGGAAACUUUCGACAGACUAGACAACACGUCCACUGCUAAAACACUAAAUUCCAUUUUUGUCUACAACAACAAACUCAUUCCCAACCUCCUAAAGUCAACCUAUGGGCAGUAUGACGCCCUUUUGGCUGACGUCAUAUCAUAUGAGUAUACAGCGCCGCGGACAGAGAACCAGAAACUACUUGACAUCAAUGCUGUUUUCCACACCUACGGCGACGUCUCCUUUGUAGCCCCUGCAGUGGCAUAUGCCCGCAGACACUGUGACAAGGGAAAUCAUGGCGGGACGGGCAACACCUAUUUCUACUACUUCAACCAUUACCCAUCAUUCGCUGAAGGAAGUGGCACACACGGCAUGUAUCAUGCAUUCGACCUUCCGUAUAUCUUUGGUCUCAGUUCAAUAUCAGUAUCUCUCUUUGGACUCCUCGGCCCCAUCACUCAGGAGGAACAGACCCUAUCAAGUACAUAUGUGAGCUUCUUGGCAGAGUUUGCUAAAACAGGAAAUCCAAGUUCAGCCGUACAGCAGGACCUCGGCAGUACAUGGACGCAAUUUGACUCCCAGGAUGAAACCUACCUCUCCUUCACCACCAACAUGACCCUGGAGCAUCACCUGCAGGCUAAACGUGUCUUCUUCUGGCUCCAGCUGAUGCCGGAGCUCUUCAAGCUGGAGAGGGCUAAACUCGCGGCUCCAAGCACCGGACACCAAGGCACAGGCAUAUUGGUGGGUUGACUGCAACAAUCUAAUAAUAAACUCGCUGAAUGAC